UCUUGGAUGAGACCCAAGUUGGUUCCGGUCCCAUCAUUCCGGUUUUUGGGAAAGCAACUCAACUUGUUUUGAGAGAUGUAGUGGCCACGUCAGGGUCCCAAAUAGUAUUUCAGUCCACUGGUGACUCGGUUUUGCCACCCAUCAUUAACGGUGUGGAGCUGUUUUCGAUAAGUAACAGCCGGAAUGGUGGAGGUGGAGGUGGAGGCCGAAGCCAAAGCAGCGGUGGUAAUAAUGACUUUGGAGGUUAGUCUUUAAUUUUAGUUUUAAGUGAAAUAAUAGUAUAAUAUUGACCAAUCAAACCAUAAACCCCCCAUCACCUUUUGCUUGAAACAUAUUAAUAUAUUUUGUUUCAUAUAAUGGUAAGUUUUUUUUUUGGGUGCAAGUAUAAUGGUAAGUUAGUAACUAAUUAUGUUCGGGAGGAGUGGCAACAUAACUACGAACGUUUUUAAUCGUAGAAUUCCCCUUAUUUAUUUAAUGUGACACUAUUUUCUAAUAUGAAAUGUAUGGAUUGUCAAAAUGAACUAUAACUCAUGAACUAACUCAAUUCAGCUUGAUUUUUCAUGAGCACAAAUUCUAUUUUUUAAGUUCAUUUAAUAAAUGAGUUUAAUGAACGAGAUUAAUUAGAUCACGAAUUAUAUGAACGGUUUUUAUGAACAUGAGCCAAUUCAUGAGCUUAGUCAUUUUUAUACUUAAAAUUAUAUAUAUAUCUUAUGUAAAAAAGAUAAUUUGUAUAUUAUCAUAUUUAUCUUUUAAAAUUAAAAUGUAAAACCAAAUUUUUUAAAGAUAUAUAUUGAAAAUUUAUAAUAAAAUUUUAUAUACUCAUCAUCUCAUAUAUAUCUUUAAAUUUAGAUGUAAAACAAAAUAUUCCUAAGAGAUAAUUUAGAAAUUACUCGUAAUUAUCUUACUUAAUAUUUUGUUUUCAUUUAAAUUUUAUAAAACAUAGAUAAGUAAUAUAGAAAUCAUACUUUUAAUUUUAUAAAACUUAUUUUAAUAUUUUAGUUUAUGAUAAUUAAUUUUUUAUAAUAGAUCGCAAGCUAGCUCGUUUAUCUCAUGAUCUAAAUGAUAUGAGUUCAAGUUUACAUAUUGAAGUUCAAUUAAUAAAUGAGCUAAGCUGAGCUACCUUAUGAUAGAUCUGAACUUACUAAGAGUUGAACUGAGUUGAGCGAGUUAGCUCAUUUUGACACCCCUAAACGUAAUUCAUACAUGAUCCACACUAUUGAUUAAAAAAAACAAUUGCGAGCAGAAAUCAUCCGUAGUUAAGGAUUUUGCCCGAUUUCAUUCGGCAAAUAACUCCUCGUUUUAAUAAUGGUAUAAUACAUAAUUUAAUUUUACUAUCUUUACACAAAAUAACUAACUGGACACCCUUCUAUGAUGGCUAUAGGUGAGGCAAAAAACAAUGGAGGAAAGAAGAAGAAAAACAAAUUACCACUCAUUCUUGGAGUUGCGUUCGCCUCUGCGUUUGUAAUUCUCUCAUCAACGUUUGGAGCUAUUUUCUUGAGAAAGCGUCAAAAUACUAAGCCACAGUCCAAUACCACACCAACUACGUCCACAGGUAUGUAUAUAUAUAGUUGAUGACUAAGCGUUACGUUGAUAUUACUGGAUUAAAAAAAGUAGCACUGAUGACAAGUAAUCGUUACUAUCUGUAUAUUUUCAAGAGAAUGGGACAGGCACUGGAAUGUCACCUCUAGUUGAACAGCAAUUUGCUAGUGAUGCAGACCACUCUUAUGUUGUUCAAGAUGAUCAUCACUGACAUUGGUUCCUAGUUGUCAACGAGCUACAUCCAUGUGUUUUUAUUCUACUUUUAAAAUUUAUGAUAUUUUUCUUUAUAAAUAGUAUUCUGUUUAAUUGUUAUCCGACCAACAAUUGUUAUUAAACUCAUGUUUUCAUCACAUUCUUUUUAAAGAUAUGGGCAUUACCACUGAUUUCAGUGAUCCAAGAUGGUUUUUUUAAUAUUUUCUAUAUACACGAAUAUGGAUCAUGAGAGUUCCAAACCGGAUAGAUCAUGAUAUUAAAAUUAAUUGUAGUACAUAUGGAAAAGAAGGAAGUAGGUAAUGCAUGCCGGAGUUGGUCAGACUUUUUUAAUUUAAAUAUAUAUAUAUAUAUAUAAUCUAUAUAUCAUUAAUUAUUAUAAGAAAGUUGGCAGUUACAUAUAUCUCGUUAAAACAUAUAGUCAUACACAUUGCAAAAAGAAAGAGUUUGAAGCAACAAGUAAAUAAUUUGAAAACUUAUUAUAAACCCUGAUGUAGUUCAAGCUAGAAAGCUGAACUAUAAAGUCAUCACAGAAGCUUUAGCCAUAGCCCACGUCGACCAUGCUUUCCAUUUACGUGUCUUCCUCUACCCUUAGCUUGUAGCUGCUAUCUCAGUUGCCUUACAUGCAUAUUGCAACAACCCACUUCUGAAGAUUUUUAAUUUCAAAGAAAAUGGAUCAAGAGCGAUUUUUCUACAAAGGAAUUAUUUCUCUAAAUGUGGAAACACUUGAUUUCUUCUAUCGAGUUGAAACAAAUGUGGUCUAAGCCUCUAAGAAAGUAUUCGAUUAGAGAGGAAAAAGCAGAACAUUGACUUUCUCUGAACGGGUGGUUAUUGUCUUGCGUCUUGCGGGCUUGUUGCUCGCAUUAGCGUCAAACCAACGAAGAUUACAAAGCGGUUAAGUUGUUGUUGUUUAUUUCUUUGUGUGUCAAAUAAAACCUCAAAUUGUGUGCAAUAACUGUAUCAGUGUCAAAAGGUCAAAACCGUGUUUGCUAUAUAGUAUCGUAACUGGAAAUUAUUCGAUUAAUUAAUUAAAUUUUUUUUGUUUGCUAAGAAAACUAAUUAAUUUGCAACUUGCUGAUAAAAUAGACUAACUUGCCGGUCACACUAAGUGAUCAGAAUUAAAUAAAUCGACAACCACGAAAUGUUUAUUUGGUCAGUCAAACAAACAUGGUAGAGGGAGCUCAUGAGAACCCUAAAAUUGAUUACUAAAAGAAACAACAACAAUGCAUAUUCCUGACACUGUAGCAUGAGUUUGAAAAGGUCAAGAUUAAAAUGCACAUAAUGUAGGAAUAUCCUGUACUUGCCGGUUGUUGAUAAAAUUAUUAUUUCUCAGCUGGACAAUAAAAAUGUCAAAGCUAUAAAAUGUUUUCGUGUUCGAUUCCAACUUGGUUUUAAGAUACUAAUAGACAGCUAAAUUCUGCAGAUAUAUCAUAUAUAAAAAGAUGCGUGCACAGAUGUUGUAUAGAGAGCAUUAGUUGAAAAAUUAGCUCCCACCAUGGCUACUGAUUCUCUUUUUCUUCUCUUUUUUCUUUCCAUCAUAACCCUCUCUCAAGCGAGUAAGUAAACUCUCUACUAACUUGUAAUUAAACUCUUCGUUUAAAUAGUUUUCAAUCUUACAUAUUGUAAGUUCUUUCUUAGAACCCAACCAAGUUAGUUUAGUACACCAAAAAAGUCUUGGAUUUAAUCGUUAAUCUGAACACCUUGGUCGGGAUCAAUCGACAUGAUUAAAGGGUCCUUUUCAUGUUUUAUUUUCGUCGACUUGUGUUUAGUCUUUUGUAUAUGAUGCGGUUUCCUAUAAACGUUUACGAAAGGCUUUUGUUAUCAUAUGGUCACAAAGAUCUAUAUAACGACUUUUUUUCAAAAAAAAAAAAGAUCUAUAUAGCGACCGUGUGAAAUUUUCCGAAACCCCAUCACACAUUAAGCGUGAAACAAAUGUCUUAGUCACGUUUUUAUAAAUGAUGAUUUUUCAGAAAACUUCUUACUGCAGAUUAUUUUAUGCUAGGUUCUAAAUUCACUUUAUCUACAACAGAAAAAAAAAAUCAUCAUUUAUUCAAUUACACAAUUUUUUUAGUUACGUUGUUAUAUCAAAUAGCACUUCAUUAUUUGCCUCAAAGUUGGAUACAUAAUCCAUUUUUAGCUAUAUAUGAUUCACAUCAUCAUCAUCAUGACACUAUCAUGAUUCAUGCAUGCAUGAUCAAUUUCAGGUGUAAACAUAGACUGUGGAACGUCAUCAUCGAGCCUAGACGCCAACAACAUAAAAUGGGUCGGGGACAAAGACUUCAUCACAUCCGGAGAAUCGGCCACAGUUUCCUCCACAACCGUAGAGAAAUCCCUCACCACACUCCGGUACUUCCCAACCGGUGAAUCCAACUGCUAUAACAUUCCGGUAACAAAAGGGGGAAAGGUUCUAGUGCGCACGAUGUUUUACUAUGGGAACUACGACGGGAAGGCUUCAUCCCCAACCUUCAGUGUAGUGUUCGAAGGGAAACACCGAGGCACCGUAUCGAUAUCUUCGGCAUUCGAGCCUUACACUUUAGAACUGAUAUUUUCCCCAGCCAGCGGAGAGACAAGCGUAUGUUUUGUGCGCACCUCUUCGUCAUCAAACCCGUUUGUAUCAUCCAUUGAAGUUGCUGACUUGGCCGAUGGCAUGUAUGACGAGCUUGGUCCCGGUGAAGGUUUAUUUUACCAACAACGAGUUGCGUAUGGGACAACAGAAACUAUAAGAUCGGAUCUUUACGGUAGGUUCUGGCUGCCUUCCGAGAUAAACAUAUUGUUGACAGGAGUACCGUCAGCAGCUGCAUCUAUCGAUACCUCUGAUGCAUCAAACAAGCCGCCUGAGUCCAUUCUUCGUAACUCUUGGAAUGGGGAAAGCUUAACACUAUUCGACGCCACUCUUCCUACGGGAGGAGUUCCUGUUUACUUGGCUAUGUAUUUCUCGGAGCCACUCGAAAUGAGUGUACGAUCGUUCAACAUUUUGUUUGGCAGUAAGAAAGUUGGUACGGGUCCAAUUGUGCCAGUGUAUGGAAAAGCUACCCAAGUGGUAGUGAGAGACGUCGUGGCCAGCUCAAGCUCCCAGCUAGUGUUCCAGUCCACAGCUAGUGCACUUUUACCCCCCAUGAUAAAUGCGUUGGAGCUCUACGUGAUAAGUUCUGGUACAAGUGGAGAUGGAAGCGGUAAUGGAAGUGGAAGCGGAUCAGGAACAGGUGGAGGUGGUGGGGAAGGUGGAGGAGGCGGAUCUGGGAGUGGCGGACCUGCAGGCUCUGGUGGGACUGGAAAAGGGGGAGGAAGCAAUGAAGGGAGCUCAGGUGGGUCAAACAAUGAAGAAAAGAAAAGUAAACUGCCAAUUAUAGUCGGUGCGGUAUCUGCGGUAGUGUUUGUUAUUAUUGUAUACGUUAUCGUUGCUAUUUUCUUGGCGAAACGUCGCAAAGGAAGGCUGCAAGGACUAACAUUGCCAACGUCUACAGUUUCUCAAACGGGUACUGGACCAUCCCCUCUAUUUGGACAACAGACGGGGAACGACGCGAACCAGUCAACAAAUGAGGCAGACAUGGGAGAUAUCGACGACCUGAUUGGAGUGAACCAAUCGUAUGUAACACAACAACAUUGAACUUCUGUUUGAUAUAAAUAUUUUUAACCUUCAAUAGUUCAAUUGUAUGGCUUUCCAAUGACUUUUCUUUUUCCUUCUAAAUUGCGAGAUGUUUUUUGUUCUUUAUGGUUUUUUUUUUAAAUAAAGUUGUUCUUUAUUGUUAAUCACAUUCAAUUAUUUAUGGGAAAUUACUUGAUGUAUGCAAAAAACACAUUAUAGUUCACUAACUAACCGAACAAAAAUUAUCCCCUAUCAUUUCUACAAUAUAUACCAUAUUGACCUUUAUAUUUAUUUCUUUAUUUUUUUUAGUUUUUGCUCAUUUUUAUCCCCUUCAAUCUUAUUUCCUAAAUAGUCUUUAAAGUAUAUAAAUUCAUAUAUUUUAAAAUUCAACUGCAAAACAUAAUCUUCUAAUACAUAUAACAUGAUUUGAAUUUUUUAAAUCAUAUACUUUUUCAAAAAAUUAAACACCCACCAUUGACGAAACUGGACUGAGAUGCGGCGCCACAAUAGAUAGAAAGAACAUGAAAACAAAAAACUAAAGAGAACGUUUUCUAUGAUUCGACUUCCGUUGCAGAAGAAAACCCUCUUUAAUAGAAGUCAAAUAAUAUGAGCAUUUUGAUAGAAACUGAAUCGAUUCAUCAAGCUGAGGAAGAUAAUUGGUUUUGGUACCAAAACGUUUUUCGCAAAAAGAGAGAUUAAAAUAAAAGAAGUAAUUGCAUAUAUUUUAAUGACAUGAUCUAAAUAUUUUCUUCAAAUGAAUGACAUGUCAUUAAAUUUGUAUUUGAUUGGUUGAUUAAACAUGUUGAUGUGGACACUCUAGAUGUUGAUUAUAUUAUCUUUUUAGUAUUGUAAGAUUUGUGAGGUUGUGAAUGUUGGACCUGUUGACAAUCUUAUGGAAAAAAGGAAAAUCUUUAACUAAGUAGAAUUAACUAUUUGCGAGAUAAUGUAGAUGAGCAUUUAAUUUUAUAUUGUUUUAUUUUUAUGACAUGAUAUUAAUUUAAUUAUUAACAUUUAGUGAUAUGUGUUUAAGAUGUCCAAUGUGGUUCAAGUAUGCAAAAUAAGUAUCAAAUUUCUUUAAAUCUAAUGAGGCAUCAUGGUUUGUAUGUAUUGCUCGGGUUUUUUGGUGUACGAGAAUACAAAAAAGGUCUUAUUUUUUUUGUUUUGUUUCUAAGAUUUAAACUGUUGAUAAUAUAUGAUUUUAAUUGAAUAUUUUUAUUUUGUUGAUGUUUCAAGAGCUGUGAUUGUCUCUAAUAACUUCAGUGCCACUGCUAUUCUUUUUGAUCCAAAACUACAAGAAGUGUUUAAUCUCAAUUCAAAGUAACCUAGCGAUGAUUUUGUUAUUUCUAAAGAAGACUUUGAUCCAAAAUCUAUAUAUUUUAAAAUAGAUUUAUAUGAUGAGUUUUUUCCGUUAAGAAUCCACUAAAAUUUAUAAGUAGAAUGAAUGUAUUGAAUGAGGCGUGUUAUGCUUAUUAAAUAUUUUGGUUAUAGCAAUAUAAUGUAGGUUGAACCUAUAAACCUUGAAUUUUUUUUUUGAAAAUGUAGCAUCUACUCUUAUUCAAAACAUUAUAUAAAAAUAUCUCUAAAACUACCGAGCUUGAGCCACGAAUAAAAAAUUAGAAAAAUACCACCACUCUUCGAUAUUGAAAAGAAUUUUGUUAGUCAUAAUUAAUCAAGCAAAUAAUCCAAAUUUUAAAUAAAAUAAUUGUGUUUAGACCCACAAGCCAUUAUAAUUUGAUUAAAAUCGAAUAAAACACACAAAUAAAUUUAAUAUGUAUAUCUAAUUAAAUAAAUUAGUCUGAAUACAAAACCUAAUUCUAUCACUUUUUAUUGAGAAUAUAUAUUAAUCUGCAUCUCACGCACAAGGUGCGGAUCCACACCUAGUUGAGUUUUCCAUUUUUUGAGGAGAGAUCAUUUAAGGAUGGAUUAGCUGAAAGGAUGAUCUUAGACAAGAAAAAAAUCACGGAAUAUCUGUGUGCGUCACCAAAAGCGUAAUUUUGUUUUUGUCAAUUGAGUUCAUUCAAGGAUAACUGAGUAAACCAACGUACGAACAAGCCAUAAACCGGCCAGUAAGAAGAAUAAAGAGGAAAAAAACAAACAAAGGUGCUGUUCCAGAGGGGCCAGAAGUCGCAAGCUUGAUCGAUGGAGUCUGCCUGCACUCUCUGCUUCAUUCAAACAACUGACGAGGGCUUCAGCACACAAGAUAAAUAGGAAUGGAGAUAAGGGAUUACCUUGUCUGAUACCCCUCUCUGGCUUAAUAAGCCAUGUUCAUUCCCAUUCAUGAGGACAGAGAAAGAGACCGAGCUAACACAAGCCAUAAUCCAUUUGAUCCAUCCAUGCGCAAAGCCCGUUUUUUCCAUCAGAAUCUUCAAGAAGUUCCACUGAACUCUAUCAUUGGCUUUUGACAUGUAUGUCUUUAUUGCCAUGAAGCCAUCAGACACUCUAGCAUUAACCUUGAGGCCAUGGACCAUUUCAUGAGCUAUGAGUAUAUUAUCUGAGAUGAGUCUGCUUGAGACAAAGGCUCCUUGAGUCUCUGAAAUAAUACCAUGAAGAAUAUGCUUCAAGCGGUUGCAAAAAAUCUUGGAUACAAUCUUGUACUGAACCGAGAAGAGCCUAAUAGGCCGCAUGUCUGACAUCUUGGACGGGUUUGGAAUUUUAGGGAUAAGACUCAGCUGAGUGUGAUUCCAUCCAUCCGGAAUGUCGUAGCAAAGAAGGAUAAGAUUUAUGAAGUCAAGGAAGGCCCAACGAUGUGCCAAAAGCGCUGGUAAAAGACUCCUGUGAGGCCACCUUCUCUCGGGGCGCUACUCCCUUUAACACUAAAUACUGCCCUCUUAAUCUCAUCUUCUGAAAUAUGAGCCAUCAGAUGCUCAUUCAUAGUCUGCAUCACACGUUCUUGGAACCCAGCAAACAGAGAUUCAAUUUCAAAUGGGUUAGAGCUCAUGAAAAGAUCUCUGAAGUAUUUGACUGAUAUCUCUCCUUUUGCUCCUUCAGAGAAAUGUUCUUGUCCAAGUUCAUCGAGAAGCAUGAGGAUUCUGUUUUCGUGCCUCUUUCCUUUGACACAGUUAUGAAAAAACUUGGUGUUCCUAUCCCCAGAUUUUAACCAUUCUUCUAUGCAUUUCUGUCUCUAGUAGAUCUCCUCUUCCUUAUAAGCAGCCGCAAGCUCUUGUUUUAGUUUCCCCAUAUACGAGAAACAUGGUGAUCUCUUUGCUAUUUCUCGCUCAAGAGCAGAUUUGAGUCGAGUUAUCGUGUUCCUGGAGUUCAAAUCUGCAUGUUUCUUCCACCUCAGAAUCCCUCUACGACAGCGGUUGAUCCUCUCCUUUGUGUUGUUUUGAAGCUCCUCUCGAGAUCCCCAGCAUUCUUUGAUAACAUCCUCUAAGCCCGCUUUCGUUAACAUUCUUUUAUCAAAGAAAAUUCUUCCUCUACCAGAUCGGCUCUUUCUAAUGCAAAACAGAUCCUUAUCGGUCUGUGGUCGGGCGUCCACAUCUCAAGGUAUUCCAUACUAGCUCUAGGAAAGAGGGUAAACCAUUCAUUGUUGCCAAAGCUCCUAUCCAGUUGGCAUUUGACCCACACAUUAUCCAUUUUCCCUCCCCAAGAGAGCAUAUUGCCUGUAAAUCGGACUUCUUUCAGUUUACAAUUCUCCGCCAUGUUCCUAAAAUCCCAAAAGGACGAUUCAGGACGCACAACUCCACCUUCCUUCUCUUCAUUGGACAUAAGUUCAUUAAAAUCACCCACCAACAGUCAAGCCUCAUCUCGUGCUAAGCCAAUAUCUGUCAAAUGCUCCCACACCUCCUGUCUUUUACUCUUAACAGGAUCAUCAUACAGACAGGUCAAAAAGAAUGAGAUUGACCCCAGUGUAACUUUAGUAUCAAUAAUCCUCUUGUCACUACUCAGAAUCUCUACUUUGUAGCUCUCCUUCCACAUGAAGGCCAAUCCUCCACUAAGGCCUAAUGGUUCCAUAGUAAUCAUUUUUCCGUAACCCAAACUCUCUUGCAACUCAAACAUAUAGCCGUUCCUUUUUUUUGUCUCCAUCAAAAAAAGAAAAUCAGGAAAGAACCUUCGAUGCAAGCCCCGAAGGUGUUGAACUGUCUCGUUGCUUCCUGCUCUUUGACAGUUCAAACUCAUAUAACUCAUUGGGGAGGCAGCGGCUUCAAUACGGAAGCCACCGUAGGAUCUGGGGUUUUUGUAUUUUUGUUGUCUGAUGGAAACAGAGGCAGAGUAGGCUUUCGUUUCAUAGCCAUCUGAGAAGGAGAUGUAGAUGAGAUACCAGCUUCCUCUGAUGCUAUAGUAGGUGCCUCGACGUUAGAUUCCUUUUCCACGAAUGAGGCCUCAUCUGCGUCUUUCCCUGGCUCUGGUUCCCAGAGACUCGCCCCUCAGAAGAAGGGCCAAUACGAAAACCCGUGGAAAUUAGAUUAGGGGCAGAGUAAGUAGAGUGUGAUGAGAAGGAUGAUACAUCAUCAGUCUCAUUAUUGCUACUUAUCCUGAGGAGCUUGUAAGGACCCUUGUCUUCCUAGCGAAAUGUUUUGCGCGCAACAUCAGGUUCCUGGUAAUUAAAGACAUGACCUUUACCCUUAUCUAUAUUGCUUGUAAGCCUUGUGAGACGAACAUAAGACUCAGCUUUAUUGUUCUCAAUGCCUUGCCUCACUCGCUGAACAAUAAAGCUGAGUCUUAUGUUCGGAGACGUAAGCAAUAUUGAUAAAGCUUUGUUGAGAGAAUCCACCAUUCUUGUUAGGAGAUUGCAGUCGGAGAGAAUAGAGCACUGGCGGAGAGGAAGAUUUUCAGGAAGCAAGUCUAGCACAAUUGAUGUGAAACAUCCAUUAAUUACGUUAAAUUCGACCACAUUUUUUUGUGAAAUUAUCACAAAGGGAAAAACGUGAUUGAGUCAAGUGAGGAGAAAGGGAAAGAAUGGAGGAAUAUAGAAAGUCUAGAAAAAAGACUAGAUUUAGUGCUCAAGAUUUGGAAAUAAAAUUAAUUGUCCAAAAAAGAAAGACCGAAGCCACAUGCCGGUGAAUAAUGUCCACUCAAUAAAUCGAGAGAAGAGAUUUAUUAGAAAGUAAAAAA